AGUCACAUUUCUGGAAUGACGCACCACGCGAUCAAUAGAACCCGGGGUGAGGCCACCGCGCACGCGCAGUGGGGACUCAUCGAGCCGCGAGUCGUGAGGGGGGGGGAGAAAACAGGACGUUAUCCUGACACAGCGCACGCGCAGUCUUAAGAGACGAAAGCGCGGAGGAAGCGGCCCCCCCGCAGCGGGCCCUCGGCGUCCCCCCCCCACUGUGCGCGCGCGCGCAUGCGCCCCGGCGGCCCUUGACCCGGGCGCCUUCCUACUGCCCGCUUCUAUGGAAGAAGCGCGUCGCCCGUUUGCUCCGCGGCCGGCGUCGGGGAAGGAGGCGAGAGGCGGAGCGCCGGGAAAAUGCCGGGAAAGCUGAAGGUCAAGAUCGUGGCGGGGCGGCACCUGCCUGUCAUGGACCGAGCCAGUGACUUGACGGACGCCUUCGUGGAGGUAAAGUUCGCAAACACUACAUUUAAGACAGAUGUCUAUCCCAAAUCUCUCAACCCUCAGUGGAACUCGGAGUGGUUUAAAUUUGAGGUGGAUGAUGAAGAUCUGCAGGAUGAGCCUCUCCAGAUAACCGUCCUUGAUCACGAUACUUACAGUGCUAACGAUGCUAUUGGGAAAGUCUACAUUGAUAUCGAUCCUCUUCUCUACAGUGAAGCAGCUACAGUUAUUUCGGGCUGGUUUCCAAUUUACGACACCAUACACGGUAUACGUGGGGAGAUCAAUGUGAUGGUGAAGGUAGACCUUUUUAAUGAUUUGAACCGCUUUAGACAAUCGUCGUGUGGAGUAAAGUUUUUCUGCACUACGUCUAUUCCGAAAUGCUAUAAAGCUGUAAUUAUUCAUGGAUUUGUAGAAGAACUUGUGGUUAAUGAAGAUCCAGAAUAUCAAUGGAUAGACCGAAUUCGUACACCAAGAGCAUCAAAUGAAGCCAGGCAAAGACUUAUUUCCUUAAUGUCAGGGGAACUGCAAAGGAAGAUUGGCCUGAAGGUACUUGAAAUGAGAGGAAAUGCAGUGGUUGGCUACUUGCAGUGUUUUGAUCUGGAGGGAGAAUCUGGCCUAGUAGUGCGAGCCAUUGGAACAGCCUGUACCUUGGACAAAUUAAGUAACACACCUGUAUUCUUACCUGCAUGUAAUUCCCCAUCCAAGGAGAUAAAGGAGAUUCCUUUCAAUGAAGACCCCAACCCCAAUCCUCAUUCAUCAGGACCCUCCACCCCUCUGAAAAACCAAAUCUAUUCCUUUUCACCUUCCAAGUCCUACAGUCGGCAGUCCUCCUCUUCUGACACAGAUUUGAGUUUGACACCCAAAACUGGAAUGGGAAGUGGUAGUGCUGGAAAAGAAGGGGGGCCUUUAAAAGCUCUGUUAAGACAACAAACUCAAUCAGCUCUGGAGCAAAGGGAAUUUCCUUUUUUCACUUUGACGGCGUUUCCUCCAGCCUUCCUCCUGCACGUCGGCGGGGUCGUCAGCGCCCGCUCUGUGAAACUCUUGGAUCGCAUCCACAACCCAGAUGACCCGGAAACACGAGACGCCUGGUGGGCAGAAGUGCGUCAAGAAAUCAAAUCCCAUGCGAAAGCAUUGGGGUGCCACGCUGUGGUGGGCUACAGUGAAUCAACUAGCAUUUGUGAGGAGGUCUGUAUUUUGUCUGCCUCGGGCACAGCAGCUGUGCUGAAUCCCAGGUUUCUCCAGGAUGGAAACAUGGAAGUCUGUUUGGAACCAAGGUUGUCAUGGCAGCCUGGCUACUUUUCCAUAGGGUCAGAGAAGGGAGAGGUUGAUUUUUUUCCUCAGAACCAAGAUAGUUCUUCUCUAUUAGGGCUAGAUGAAACUUUACCUCCCGGUUGUGGCUUCUGCCACAUCCCUUACGAUGAACUCAACAUGCCGUUCCCGGCUCGGCUUGCUCACUGUUGCAGCUGCAGGAAGCAGAAAGUGCCCGAUGUUCUUUUCACGACAAUAGACUUGCCCGUGGACGCAGUGGUGUUUGGGAAAGGCUGCCUCAUCCAAACCAGGCUAUGCCGUCUGAAAAAGAAAGCCCAAGCCGAAGCCAAUGCAACCUGCAUCAGUAAUCUGCUGCCAUUUAUGGAGUACGAGGUACACACUCAGUUGAUGAAUAAGCUGAAGCUGAGAGGGAUGAACGCCCUCUUUGGCCUACGGAUACAGAUCACGGUGGGAGAAACGAUGUUGAUGGGUCUGGCAUCUGCUACAGGGGUUUAUCUGGCUGCUUUACCUACUCCUGGUGGUAUUCAGAUUGGGGGGAAAACUCCCAGUGAUGCCACUUACGAACAGCAUAUCUCUCAUGUGCAGAAGAAAAUCAAUGACACAAUCGCCAGAAACAAAGAGCUGUAUGAGAUUAACCCUCCGGAGACAUCUGAAGAAAUUAUAGGUUCUCCCAUUCCAGAACCGAGACACCGGACCAGGUUGCUAAGAUCUCAGUCUGAAAGCUCCGAUGAAAUUGCAGAAUUGGAUCUCUCUCAUGGCAAGAAAGACGCCUUUGUGUUGGAGAUUGAUGAUACAGAUGCAAUGGAAGAUGUUCACUCUUUGUUGACAGAUAUCCCUCCACCCUCAGGCUUUUAUAGCUGCAAUACGGAAAUUAUGCCUGGAAUAAACAACUGGACUUCUGACAUACAGAUGUUUACGUCUGUAAGAGUCUCCAGACUUAGCAAUAUUACCCUCACAAACCAAACUCUCAACAAGACCUUUAAUGAUCUCUGUGAGAAUCUACUAAAGAGUCUUUAUUUUAAACUCCGUUCGAUGAUCCCUUGUUGCCUGUGCCACGUCAACUUUACUGUUGCUCUUCCAGAAGAUGAAUUAAUUCAGGUCACUGUUACGGCUGUUGCAAUAACCUUUGAUAAACACCAGGCUUUGCAAACCACUAAAGCUGUAGAAAAAAACCUACAAAGAGCUUCCACAGACAAUGAAGAACAGCUGCAAUUUCCAUUGGAGCUUUCUUCUGAUCCUCACAUGCCUCAGCAGUUCUCACCGGCUAAAGAGGACCUGGAGAAUGCAAGCUCCCACGCAGGUAUAUCGGCUGGUCAAAGAGCCACUUCGGUUGAUUACAGUUCCUUUGCAGACAGAUGCAACAGCUGGAUAGAAUUCAUUAAACAGAAAGCUCACACCAUAAGGCGUGGAUCAAUUAAGACAACCAUCUCCCUGGACAAGCCAAGCCCACUGACCGAAGGACAGUGCCGUAACCAUCUGGGACCCAUGGGAAUGAACUCCACUGUGCCAGUUGUGAAGAUGACACCGCUUUCUUUCAUCCCCGGGGCAAAAAUAACGAAAUAUCUUGGGAUCAUCAACAUGUUCUUCAUACGAGAAACCACUUCUCUACGAGAGGAAGGUGGUGUGAGUGGCUUCCUGCAUGCCUUUGUCGCUGAAGUGUUUGCGAUGGUCCGAGCUCAUGUGGCAGCCCUUGGGGGAAAUGCUGUGGUCUCCUACAUCAUGAAGCAGUGUGUGUUUAUGGAAAACCCAAACAAAAACCAGGCCCAGUGUCUAAUAAAUGUCAGUGGAGAUGCGGUGAUUUUUAUUCGUGAAUCUGAAGUCGAUGGGGUGCCUGCCCAGUUUUCUGCUACCGGUUGCACAAAAGAAACAACAUGAAGAACGGAGGUGUUUUUUUAUUCGUGUGGUGGCCCUAUUUCCUUCCAGAUGCUCCGGUGGCCAGGUUUUGUUUCUUACACUCCGUAUAUGAAGGAUAACCCUCUUAAAACAUCUUCCCCAUUUCAUAAGAUCCAAGAAACCUCCUCAGAGCUUUCUGGACAGGUGAAAGAACAUCUGUCUGAAGAAAUAGCCGUACCAUCUAUUCUUCUUUGGGUUCCUCAGGUAGCUGCCCUGCAUAUCUUAGAAGCACUCUAGGGAUGAAGACGUAGUUAAUUCUUUGAUAAGGCAGGGGCAGGAUAUUUAUAUUGAAACUGGAAUAACUGGGAAAGCUAAAUCUACGUUUUUCCAUGAAAGAAGAAAAUGGCAUUAAUGUUGCCAGAUGUUCACCUUGCACAGAGAACUUACCUGUUGGAAUAAGCAAGAAUAAUAAGCAUCCUAAACUGGAUUUUUUGUGGCAUGUUUGUUUUCAUAUUAGCAAACUGUGGACUAUUUUUCUAUUGUAACUUUUUUUUUAAAAAAAAAAUUAAAAUUGCAGUAUUGAUUAUGCUGAGCUAGCCAAUGCACAUAGGAUUGCUGUAGCCUGUCUUUGGAACAGCAGGAUGUGGGAACAAUAUUUCUCGAGGCACUGAAAUCCCAGCUGCGUUGGUAGAAAAGAUCAGGUUUUCUGAUCUUGUCGGGUUGUAAAUGUUACCAAAAUGGGAGAAAUCACAGAUGCUACCCACCACUUCCAUAAACAGUACCCAGCUUUGGCACUCAAGGCAAGGGAUUGUGAUAAACAAAAGAAGAAUGUUCAGAUUACCCUGGAUGGAGGAUCAGAAAAAUCUAAGAAAUUGCUGAGAGUGAUUUCAUCCGUAAAUUGGAGAGGUGGAGGAGAAUUUUGCAUCCCGCCAUAGAUGUUUUGGGUGGUGGUGACAGAGCAACACUCACCUAACAGAAAGAGAAAGUGGUUUCCUUGGAUCAGUUUCAACUGGAGGACCAUUGAACAGAAUAUCCAUCCAAUGUUCUCCAGAUGUUCAUUUUCCCUCACCAAACAUAUUCUCGCGUUAAGAAGAGGCAAGCUGAAAUCUUCCAGUGGCUUCCAAUAUGGAACUUGAAGUACAUAAUGUAAACUUGAAUGUAAAUACAUGAGAAUUUAUUGGAUUAAAGAAACUUCUAGAUUAUUUGUCCAAUUCAGAGAUUUCUUUGUAAGGAGAGUGGUGAACGUCACAUUCCUAUGUACAUAAAUAAAGCCUCUUUAUAUAAA